AUGUACUUUGAGAGGGGUGUGAGCAGUGUGGUGCGCAGAUGUGUACACAAACACACGGGGCAGGAGUUUGCGGUGAAGAUCAUUGAGAUCACUGCAGAGAAAAUGACAGAACAGCAAGGUGUGAGCAGUGUGGUGCGCAGAUGUGUACACAAACACACAGGGCAGGAGUUUGCAGUGAAGAUCAUUGAGAUCACUGCAGAGAAAAUGACAGAACAGCAGUUAGAGGAGGUGAAGAGCUCCACACUGAAGGAGAUCCAUGUGCUCAAUGUGGUGAAGGGCCACCCGUCCAUCAUUACACUUAUUGAUUCUUAUGAGUCAACAACCUUCAUAUUUUUGGUAUUUGACCUCAUGAGGAGAGGAGAGCUAUUUGAUUACUUGACUGAAAAAGUGACUCUCAGUGAAAAGGAAACCAGGAGUAUGAUGCGUGCUCUUCUGGAGGCUGUCCAAUAUCUACACUCACUAAAUAUUGUACAUCGUGACCUCAAACCUGAAAAUAUUCUGCUAGACGACCAGGGACACAUUAAACUUUCUGACUUUGGCUUUUCAGUCCAGCUGGGGCCUGAUGAAAAACUAAGAGAGUUGUGUGGAACACCAGGAUAUCUGGCACCAGAGAUUCUGAAGUGCUCCAUGGAUGAGACACACGUGGGAUAUGGGAAAGAGGUUGACCUGUGGACUUGUGGUGUGAUCAUGUUCACGCUUCUUGCUGGGUCUCCACCAUUCUGGCAUCGUAAACAGCUGCUGAUGCUGAGAGUGAUCAUGGAAGGCCGGUACCAGUUUAGCUCUCCAGAGUGGGAUGACCGGUCUGACACCGUCAAAGACUUGAUCUCAAGGCUUUUAGUGGUGGAACCCACUCUUCGCCUCACGGCCGAGCAAGCUUUAGCUCAUCCUUUCUUUCGUCAGUACCAAAAGGAGGAAGUGCGGCUCUUUAGCCCGAGGAAGACAUUUAAGGCCCUGAUUUUGACCGUGUUAGCUUGUAUACGAAUGCAGUGCCGCUACUACCGAGCCAGACCAUUAACAAAGGAGCUCCUAGCAAGAGACCCUUAUUCCAUCCGCGGUGUGCGCAAGCUGAUCGAUGGCUGUGCUUUCCGCAUAUAUGGACACUGGGUCAAGAAAGGGGAGCAACAGAACCGAGCUGCUCUAUUCCAGAACACAGCUAAAAUCAUUCUACUGGGCCUUGAAGACCUUGAAAACUAAAGGUCAUAUUUUUGUUUC